AAAUUUAAUAUGAUUUUGACAAAUCACUCAUGAUCGGAUUUGUCUAUAUCUAAAAGAUAUUCGUUUUUUCUAUUUAAAAUUAUAUUUAGUUAAUACUGUAUUAAAUAACAUUUAAAAUGACGCUAUAUCACUUUGGAAACUGUAUAGCGUUAGUUUAUGCACCAUAUCAUAUGGCUUACAAGUUUUCGGGAAUAUCUGAAUAUGCGACAUUUUCAAAAUGUGUUUAUGCCGGAGCUUUAUACAUUUUCACACAGCUCUGUAAAAUGUUGCUCUUAGCAACAUUCUUUCCUGAUUCAGAUAACAUCCAGGGUGGCGAUUACGAUAUAUUUUUUGAAAUUUUGAAGGCAACAGUUGAUCUCGCAGAUCUGUUAGGGUUAUACGUUGCCUUAAACUCUAUACCUGGUAAAGGACAUGCAAAGAUCUUGACUGCGGCAAUUGGAUGGGCAAGUGCUGAGGUGCUGGUGACCCGCAGCGUAAUGCUGUGGGUGGGUGCUCGGGGUUCUGAGUUUGACUGGCGCUAUGUACGCUCCUGUGCUGAGUCCAAUGUUGCAUUGCUACAGCACGCAGCAACAACAGCCCUCGUAUGGCUAUGGACACGUAGCGAUCUACCUCUGAAACAUUUCCCACUAGUGGUAGCUCUACUGUUACUCACACCCUACCGUGGCCUCAUCGAAGAAGCCAUAGCCAGUGUGUUCUCACUCAGUGCUUGGGCUCUGUUGGGAAUCCGGACAAUAACUGCUACCGCUACUGGUCUUACUGCGCUUGCUAUGUAUGCGGUGUUAGCUCAAAAAAUUGGUAUAUAAGUAUGGUAGUGGAAAAAAUCGAGGUGUUUGUUUUAUUUGAGUCUUGUGGAAUUUAUCAAAUGAAGAAUGGUAUGAUAAGCUAUUUAAGUAUAAAUAUUAAUCUUAAUAAAAUAUUAAUUAUUUUAGUG